AUGGCGGUUGCUAAGAGUGCAGUGAUUUUCGUCUUUACAAUGGCUCUCUGGGGCGUUUCCAUGGCGGCUAUACACUGGGUCGGAGGCUUCGCUGGAUGGACCACCGUCACUGCAGGCUCCCCACUUGAUUACAGAAUCUGGGCUUCAACCAGGAACUUCCAUGUUGGCGAUGUUAUUGUUUUCAGGUACAACAAUAAGUUCAAUAACGUGGUCCGUGUGACUCACCAGAACUUCAAGUCAUGCAACGCAACAUCUCCAAUUGCAGUCUACUCAUCAGGUGCCGACACCAUCAACCUCACAAGACCCGGCCACUUGUACUUCAUUUGUAGUAUCCCAGGCCACUGUCUGGCCGGCCAAAAGGUUAACAUUGAGGUCACACUAGCCAUGGAACACCUUCCAUCUUCGGCUUCCGCCGUUUAUCAAUUACCACAAUCAGCGUCCGUGUCUGAUGAAGCCUUGGCGCCCAGUCCAGAAAGCUUGGAACCGAUCCCUGGCCCAACUCAGGGCAGUGCUCCCGCUCUCAGAUCGCUCAACUUCUGGUUGUAUCUUGUUGUGCUUGCAUUUGGGUUUGGUGUUACUGGCAUUGGCACUUACAGCCUGGUUGAGUUUCAUGUUUAA